AUCUCUAUUUCUAUUUCUAUUUUGGUCGUGCGCUACGUUUUAUUUAUGUUUGCCAUGGGAAAAUACUGUUGUUAAUAGUGCUAAAAUAGGUACUCCUGGUAAACCUAAAAAGUGCUUUUGUCGAUUGACCUAUACAACAAACCAUCGGCACCAAAGUAAACAAGUUUUUCGGAGUACUUGUGCGUGCAUUCCGCAUCGGCCAGAAAACAGAAAAUCGGGCAAUAAAUAGUGAAAAGUGAGCUCUUUUUGGUAUAUAACUAAUUGUGUAUAUAAUAAUAAGAGUGAAACAGCCACCUAAGCAACGAUUGUGAAGAAAAAUUACUCACAUAUCUAUUUUUGCACAACGAACGACAACGAACAACAACAAACGGAGCAACAAAUGUUUGUUAAAACGAAACGCAGCUGAAGUUAAAGCAACCUAGUGCGGAUCCGGAGCAGCCUUGAACAGCUCGACCAUGGACCAGCCACUGGUGGUGCAGGCGGAGUACUCCUUCAUGGGCAGCAACAACGACGAGUUGUGCUUCCAGAAGGGCGAUCUCAUCACUGUCACCCAGCGGGAGGAUGGCGGCUGGUGGGAGGGAACGCUGAACGACAAGACUGGCUGGUUCCCCAGCAACUAUGUCAACGAGUGCAAGGUGCAGCUACCUCUGGCGGAGACCAUUCGGCCGCCGGAGGAAAUCCAGGAGUACCGAUCGGUGGUACUCAAGGAUCUGCUCGAUUCGGAGCGAGCCCAUGUGGCCGAGCUGCAGGGACUGCUCGAGAAUUUCCUGGAGCCCAUGCAACAGACUCAGAUUCUUAGCCAGGAUGAGUACGCCCAGCUGAUGUGCAACUUUGUGGAGAUCGUGCGAACGCACGAGGAUCUGCUCAUACAGAUCGAGGAGUGCAACGAUCGAGUCGGCAAGCUGUUCCUUACCAGCGCUCCCUUGAUGAAGAAGGUCCACCAGGCCUACUGUGCUGCACAUCCCAAGGCCAUUGUCAUAUUGGACAAGUACAAAGAUGACUUGGAAAAGUACAUGGAACGACAGGGAGCAGCCACUCCAGGCUUACUUGUGCUCACUACGGGUCUAUCGAAGCCCUUCCGCCGGCUGGACAAAUACUCAGCCAUGCUGCAGGAACUGGAGCGGCAUAUGGAGAGCAGUCAUCCGGAUCGCGGCGACACACAGCGGAGUGUGGCCGUGUACAAGGACAUAGCUGCCACCUGUUCGGCCACACGGCGCCAAAAGGAGCUGGAGCUGCAGGUGCUCACGGGUCCAGUGCGUGGAUGGCAGGGCCAGGAGUUGAGCACCCUUGGCGACAUCAUCCAUAUGGGCAGCGUGGCAGUUGGAGCGGACCAUCGCGAUCGAUACUUUGUGCUCUUCCCACAAACGCUGCUCUUCCUCAGCGUUAGUCAGCGGAUGAGUGCGUUUAUCUACGAGGGCAAACUUCCCUUAACCGGGAUCAUUGUGAAUCGCCUGGAGGACACGGAUGCCAUUAAAAACGCCUUCGAGAUUAGCAGUCCUCUGAUCGAUCGCAUUGUGGCUGUCUGCCAGGGUCCAAAUGAGGCCAACAAAUGGGUGGAGCUGCUCAACGCAAACAAUCCCAGCCUGCCGAUGGGCAUUAAACGGCAACUGAGCAAUCUGAGCAACUCCUCACUUGGUCACCUUAAUGCCGCUCAUCUUAGUCAACACUUAGAUUCACGGGGCUACUGCACACGGUUCUCGCUCUGUGCCUACUACACGAGUCCUCCUGGUCAGGUGCGUCCACUCCGAGUGACUCUUCCACCCAGCAAUUACCCGCCCACAGCUCCGUACGCCAAUCUGAGUGCCCACUUUUCGAGGCUCGUGAAGGCGGGCGGAUUGAGGAGUGCCAUUGUGAAGAUGCUGCUCUAUCCGCAGGCUCGUCAGAGCAUAGAUCUCAAGCGGAUUGCGCUGCGUAAGAAGCGCUGCCACAAGGCGUCCGCCAAGUUGAAGGAUCUCAAUGCCAACCAGGAUUCGGGGCAGUCGGAACUGGAGCGGCAGGAUGCCAUCGAGUUGCCUACGGACUCGGAGAGCUACGAUGAUGAUGACUUUGAGGAUGAUUUUUUGCAUUCCUGCGACUCAGAUCCGUUUGAAUAUGUGCAGUUUUACCAGAACCAGCGCAACGAUUCCAUGUGCAACUCCACGGGCACUUUUGUGGACCAUGGCACGGCAGCCAGAAGGCACUGUUCCUCCAUUAAUCUCAUCAAGCUGGAUUCUGUGGACACGGACGAGGUAUUGGCUCACAACGAACUCAAAAAAGAGUCGCUAAUUAUAGGAUCCAGGGCUCUGAGAGCCUUGGCUCGAAAGUCUACCACUCGGAAUUCCAGUGUGCACACCUCUACGGCAACUCUGGAGUUGGGACUAGGUGGCAGCGUCACCAACUGUGUGGAGGAGGAACCGCCACCAAAGCAUGCCCUGAAGCAACAGAGUUCCGAUGCCAGUUCCAUGUACGUGCCCAGAUUGGGCGGAGCCUUCACCGCCUGUGAGAACCUGGCCAGCAUGCCCGAUGAUUUCAGCCGGGAGUCCAGUGUCCAAGAGCCACCCACUCCACUGCCAGCUUCGCCGACAGAGCGGCACAGCAUGCCCACCAUAUUCGUGGGCAAUCGCUUUAAUCAGAGCAAAAACACGGAGGUAUAUGUGCCUACGUGGCGCGAUCGCCAAGAAAUGCAGAUGCAGAGCGUGGAUGCAGAGCAGGAGGAUGAGUUGCACUCCAGUUCCGUGGAUCUGCCGGCGGCCUGUCGCAUUGCUCCGGAUAAACUGCAGGCAGAGCUACUCUACAACUACGACGAGGUCGUGGCGAAUCCUCCGGCGCUGCAGCGCGAGCUGACUCCCUUUCCGGGGCACAAACUCAAUUCGGACAAAAGGGUUUCCCACAAAAGCGACAGUCCGUCGACGGGAAAUGUGAAGGCGGAUUCAAAUGCCGCUGCAAGAAGCAGUUCCACCACCGAACUCUGCAUUGAUACUGCUUCUAAAAAGCGCAAUCCUCCGCCGGAGAGGAGUAGGGAUUCCAUUAGGCGGUGCAUCAGCUAUCAGUUCCUACAGAUGUCCAAUCGCCCGGAUCCUCCACCACCGCCGCCGCGCCGGGAUCCGGACCUCCACUUGGACACCAAGUGCCGCUGCUGCGAGAGCUCCCAGUGUCCCAGUCCGCGAUCCAGUGACAGCGGAAUGGCUGGCAGCUGCACUAUAACCUCACCCGAUCCUCCCAACCCGGAGUCUUACUUUCCCAUGGAAGCCGUAGGCCAGGAUAUGCUGGAUAACGUGGAGCCGGAGCGAUUUGAUGUAUGCGGAAUGUUCAGGGAAAAGUUCCUUACCCCAGAGGCCACUCAGGAUGUUGUGGAACCACUGGAGGAUGAGCAGCCUCAGCUGCCUGAUGAACCCAUUACACCCACCAAUCGAAAGGAGGACUUCCCCUGCAUAAGCUCUGCCCAAGUGCAAGUGAACACGAGGAGUAUAUUCCUGCCCUCCAGCUCGAGCAUGGAUGAGACCAACAGGAGUGUCCCGUCCAACGAUCUCCUGUUUAGCUCGAGUUCCACUGAUCGACUGGGACCACAGGCCACCUUCCGAUCGGGAAUGUAUGCGCACUGGUGGAAGAAGGAGCGCCUGCCACCGGAGGUGGUGCGCGGCAUUGCACACGCCUACAACAAGAGCCUGCCCUCCAAGGACUCCAAGGACUCGGGAUCGGUGUGCUCCAGCUGCUUCUGUUCGCUGGGGGCCAGCGGUUACAGCGAGGGUGCCCUGUACUGCUCGGUGUGCCAGAACUGCGCGGAUUACUACAAUGGCAGCAACACUAGCACCACCAAUACGACGACCACCACCUCAUCUUCCAGCUGUCCAUUGUGCAGCGAGGACGAGGGGAUGAUCGCCUCCAUCCACGACUCCUCCUCACUCGACUGUCCCAUUUGCACGGGCCGCGUUGCUUCCGGCGCCGAAGAAGAUGUCACCGCCAUCGGGCCACAGCCUGCUCCUGCCAACCGGCGGCCGUCCACCGGCCACGCCCAGCAGCAUCCCGCCCAGCGGCAACAACAGCGGCGGCGGGAGCAACAGCCACCAGGGAUCACCGGCAACCAACUCGAUGUCGCAUCACAAACGGAGCCAAUCGUUCAACCACCAUCUCAGCUACAAUCAGUACACGCCCACUCAGCCUCCACCACAUCAUCUGCAUCCACAACAACCACCAAGUCUGCCAAGUCAUCUGGGGGCAGCCGGCCCCAGAUCAAGUUCAGUCCAGACACCAAGCAGCAAGACAGCAGCUCCAGUCCCGGCCUCAUCCAUGGACGCCAGUCCAGCAAUUCAGGCAGCGGCAGCAGCAGCGGCGGCAGCGGCGGGAAUGGGGGUGCCAAGCGCAAGGAAAGGAAGCACAAAGGCUAACUGGACCAUCAGCUGCCUGCGUCCCACCCCGCCUUUGCGGCCCAGUUUGUUGAAUGCCACCAGUGGAUCGGGGAGCGGCAGCGGUGGCGGCAGCAGCUCCA